GGUCCAUCAAGUCAAGUCAAUGUCACAAAGUUCGAUUCCAUCAUCUGCAUCUGCCAUUGAGAACUUCAUCUAAUGAAUUUGCUGCUAGCUGACCGCUGAAAUAUUAAUUUUAGACGGUUAUAUAUCAUGAAUUAAGUAUUGGUGUAAAUUUAAAGGUUAAAUUAAGCUCAUCAAUAAUUUUGUUUAGCAAAAUUAUAAUUCCUAAGUCUACAGACAGAUUCUGUGAUGUCUCUAGCAAAAAUGAAGGUUCGCGGUUUAUUUAAGUUGUACCUAGAUACUUUACAAAGAAGACCAUACUUGGUACAAGCUGUGCAAACAGGAGUCUUAAUGGGUUCAGGCGAUUUAAUAAGUCAGACCCUUAUUGAACGAAAGCACAUCACCAAAGUUGACCUUACGAGGACUAUAAAAUUUUCGUCAAUAGGCUUUUUUGUCGGUGGACCGGCAUUGCGUCUUUGGUAUGGAGCAUUAUACAAGUAUAUAGGUUCCAGUGGUAAAACAGUUGCAUUGAAGAAGGUGUUUAUUGACCAAAUUUUGUUUGCACCUAUAUUCUUAUGUGGAAUCCUGAGUGCAGUAGCAGCUAUGCAGGGCAAGGAUUGGACUAGUAUAAAAAGUGAUUUAGAAACUAAUUACUUAGAUGUCUUAAAAACAAAUUACUGUCUCUGGCCAUGGGUACAGAUAGUAAAUUUUUAUUAUAUUCCCCUCCAAUACCAAGUUUUAGUAGUCCAGGUAGUUGCAUUAUUCUGGAAUACAUAUUUGUCUUGGAAAACAAACAGAAAUACAGAAAAAAUUGCAAUACAAAAAUAAGUACCUACCCAUUCAUAGUCAUAUCAGUUUUAAAUUGGGAAAUGUGUGCAAAGUGGAAAAAACAUUUAUUAUUCUGAUAAUUCAGAUCUGAUCAGCUUGAUAAUUAUGUUAUACAUAUUUAGUUUUCACACAAGAGUAACCUUUUGAACAUCAUUAUUAUAUUCUCUGGAUUUAAAAGAAAAUGUCUGUAUAUCUACAGCCAACCAUUGUGCUCAAAAGGUUAAUGAAGUCCUAGAUCUUUAAAAUUGUAAUUUUAAAUUAAUUGAUUAA